AUGGACUCUCCGGCCGGAGAUAUCGAAGCAGUCGUGGGGUCGUUCCUCAACCUCCCCUCCGUCCCCGCUCUCACACAGCCCACCGAAGCCAAAGCUGCGUCGGCCGAGCCAAACACUUCCGCUGGCGACGCGAACAGCGACGAGAGCGAAAGCAGCGACGAUGGCGACGAUAGCGAAGACGGCAACGACGCUGGCGACCAGAUGGAUCUGAUGCUCGCGAUGAUGCGACUGCUGCAGAAGCAAAUGCCGAAAAAGAAAAAGGCGGCGGGUGUUAGCAAGAGCAAGAGCAAAGUCAAGGCGAGUGAAUCCGCGGCGCCGCUGCUGAACCGACGGAGAUCCUCCAUGGAUCAGGAGCAACUGCUCACCGUCCUCUCUAAAGCGCUCUCCACUAUGGAUUCCCCCGACGACGAGCCCACGUCGACCCCCAAGCAGAAGCGCGCCAAGCUGAGCGCCGCUAACGCGAAGCCCGCCGGCCCGCGUCAAAUGCCGCAGCUUGCGCGACCUAGCGCUGAUGCUACCGCGCCCGCGCAGCAAAAGGCCAAUGUGGGAGGGUGCGGCGCGGAGGGGGGCGAGGAUACGAUUCUGCAUUGCUUCAUGGAUCAACUGCCGCAGAUCGACGGUCACCUUGACGCGAUGAUCGCGGCGGCAGAUGCGGCAGUUGACCCGCAGGAAGCGCAGCCUUCGCCGACGGAGCACGUCAGCAGCAGCGCGGGGGCGAGCGCUAGGGGCUGCUCCGCGCAGCAGAACAAUGCGCGCGACGACGGCGCGGGUUCCGGCUCCAGGUUUCCCCAGCCCAACACGCCGCAUUUCUCGGCGCACGAGCGGCAAACCGGGUCGUGGGACGCCGUCAGCAGCAGCAGCAUGGAUAGCUCCGCUGCCGCCGCCGCCGCCGCCGCCGCUGCAGCGCUCGCGGUUAACUCGCGGAAGCGCAAGUCGGGGGAGGACGAGGGGGCGUAUGCGGGGAACGGGGGGAACGGUGAGCAGGCGGCGAUCAGCAGCCGGUCGGCGUCAGAGGCGCGAUGGAACGGAAACGGACAGAUGCAGGAGUGCCGGCCGCUGUCGCUGCCACACGCGAUCAGCAACGGCCCUGUGGUUGUGAGCAGGCAGCAGAUGCAGCAAUCCGCAUGCAAGCCGCCCCUUCUCUCGCUCCCUGCCGCCUGCCUCGCCGCUCCUGGCUCUGCGCCUCUGCUCCGCGCGCCCGCCUCGAAUGCGUCCGCCGCUUCCGCCCCUCCUCCGCCUGCCACCCCCCUCCGCAUGCUCACCGUCCCUGCUGACGUGUCUCCCACCGCAGCGCCCAUGGCGCGCCCGAACGUGAUUGAUAGGUUCGGCGGUGUGAGAGAAGAUUUGUCGGCAGAGCAGCCCCUGGGGUUUCCGGUGAGCUUUGGGAGCAAGCGCAUGGAUGAUGGUUACACUGACGGUGCUGGUAACCACACAGCUGGCAAUGGAAGUCACGGUUACAACGACGGUGGUAACGGGUGCGACGAUGGAGGCAUGGGUUACGAUGAUAUGGGCGGAGAUGACAUGGACGACUGGAUGCCGCGCAGCCGCGGGCGCAAGGACCGGCAGGUGGCGGGCGGGCGCAUCAAGGCGCGGAGCAUGGCGGAGAGGCAGAGGCGGGAGAGGAUCAGCGAGGGGUUGCAGAAGCUGCGAAUGGCGGUGCGUGGCCACGGGGACACGGCCACCAUGCUGGACAAUGCUGUCGCAUACGUGCAGGCGCUGCAGAGGCGAGCUGGGGGCGCACUGGGCGGUGGCAAUGGAUCCAACUCCAAUAACAGGGGCCGCCAUGCUAAUGGCUUCAUCAACCCCUCCCAGUUUGGUUCCCUUUUUGGCUUGGACGUCUGA